AUGCCUCUUGGAUUUGUGGGAUUCAAAUUAUAUUUCAUGAUUUUAGCAGGAGAGUUUUUCCUGCAUACGGAUGGCACAGAGGAGCUGUCAGCUGAUCGUCUCCUCCAACCGGCCCAGCAGGAGUCCUCUGUGCUGAAGCCCACAGUGCUGAUCACCAUCCUCGCCCGCAAUGCACAGCACAGCCUCCCUUAUUUCUUAGGAUGCAUUGAGAGACUGGACUAUCCAAAGGACCGUGUCGCCAUCUGGGCGGCCUCUGACCACAGUGUGGACAACAGCACAGCCAUGCUUCACAAGUGGCUCAGAGGAGUUCAACACCUUUACCACUCAGUGGAGUGGAGGCCUGCAGAGCAACCGAGCUCUUAUGCAGAUGAGCAGGGUCCCAAACACUGGCCUGACUCUCGGUUCACCCACGUGAUGAGGUUAAAGCAGGCGGCACUCAGAGCUGCCAGACGACUUUGGGCUGACUACAUAUUGUUUGUGGACAGUGACAACUUGCUGACAAACCCUAAGGUGCUUUCUGACAUGAUAGCAGAGAAUCUGACAAUUGUGGCUCCAAUGCUGGAAUCAAAGAGCCUUUAUUCCAACUUCUGGUGUGGCGUGACUCCUCAGGGCUACUACAGGCGAACCCCAGAGUAUGUUCCCAUCCGUAAAUGGAAGUGGCUGGGCUGCUUUGCUGUCCCCAUGGUGCACUCCACCUUCCUGCUGGACUUGAGGCGCAGAGCCAGCCAAGCAUUGGCGUUCCACCCUCCUCACCCCCAGUACCCCUACAAUGUUGAUGACAUCAUGGCCUUCGCUUUCUCUUCACAGCAAGCAGGGGUUCAGAUGUACGUGUGCAAUAAGGACCAUUAUGGAUACUUACCAGUGCCUCUUAAACAAGACCAGACACUGGAGGAAGAAGAGGAGAGUUUCACCCACACACUGACGGAGGCUCUCAUUGCCUACACCAUGGAGCCUUCACAGUAUGUGCACACUUUGCUUAAAGAACCAGGAAAGAUGGGAUUUGAUGAGAUCUAUCUGAUCAAUCUGAAGCGCCGCUCAGACCGGCGGGACAGGAUGUUGAGUUCUUUGGCUGUCCUCGGCAUCGACGCCACACUGACAGAAGCCGUGGAUGGCAAAGCCUUGAACUCCUCUCAGCUGCUGGCCAUGGGUAUAGACAUGCUGCCUGGGUACAAAGACCCAUACUCAGGCCGUGUGCUGACUAGAGGGGAGAUCGGCUGCUUCCUCAGCCACUACAACAUCUGGAAACAGGUGGUGGAGCAGGAACUGCAGCAAGUGCUCGUGCUGGAGGAUGAUGUGAGAUUUGAGCCGAGGUUUUGCAGCAGACUGGUGGUUGUCAUGGAAAAUGUACAGGGAGUGGGGCUUGAAUGGGACCUCAUUUAUGUAGGCCGUAAGCGGCUGCAGGUGAAUGAGCCAGAGCACUGGGUGAAGGGAGUCAGCAACCUCGUGUACCCAGACUACUCCUACUGGACCUUGGGAUACGUCCUCUCACUGAGCGGAGCCCGGAAACUCCUGCAGGCAAAACCUCUGAACAAAAUGCUGCCUGUUGAUGAGUUCCUACCCAUCAUGUUCAACAAGCACCCCAAAGAUGAGUACAUGCAGCAUUUCGAGCAGAGGGACCUGAGAGCGUUUUCAGUUGAGCCUCUGCUGCUCUUCCCCACACACUACACCGGCGAGCCCGGCUACUUCAGCGACACAGAGACCUCCACCAUCUGGGACGACGAGGCUGUGGAAACAGACUGGGACAGAGAGGGAGCCAAACAGCGGCGUGAAACUGAGGAAGUAGGGUUUGGACCUGAGGCUCCUCGCUCUGCUCGCCGUGGCGUGCCUCCUCUCUCUGCCAGUGCAAACAGAGAUGAACUCUGAGGCCAUGUCAUGUCAUGUUACACACUAUG